CUCUCCCUUCCCCUCGGACACCUCCAAACCCUAGCGGCGAUGGCGUCCGCGGCGGCGGGCGCGCCGAAGCGCUGCUACUACGAGGUCCUGGGGCUACCCCGCGACUGCUCCCCGACCGACAUCAAGCUCGCCUUCCGCCGCCUCGCGCUCUCGCUCCACCCCGACAAGCAGGCCCCCGGCUCCGACCUCGCCGCCGCCACCGCCGCCUUCCAGGAGCUCCAGCACGCUCACUCCGUCCUCUCUGACCCGCAGGAGCGCGCCUACUACGACUCCCACCGCUCCCAGAUCCUCUUCUCCGACCCAGCCUCCGCCGGCGCCAAAUCCGCCUCUCCCGUCCCGGACCUCUUCGCCUUCUUCUCCUCCUCCGCUUUCUCCGGCUUCUCCGACACGGGCCGCGGCUUCUACAAGGUCUACGGGGACGUCUUCGAUAGGGUCUUCGCGCAGGAGCUCGCCUAUGCGCGCCGGAUGGGGGUUCCUGAGCCUGCCGCGCCGCCGGUCAUUGGGAACCUCGAUUCCCCCUAUGCGCAGGUCACUGCUUUCUACAGUUACUGGCUUGGGUUCGGCUCGGUCAUGGACUUCGGGUGGGCGGCCGAGUGGGACGCCGCGCGCGGGGAGAACCGCCGUGUGCGGAGGCUCAUGGAGGAGGACAACAAGAAGGCGAUGCGCAAGGCGCGGCGGGAGUACAAUGACGCUGUCAGAGGCCUCGCUGCCUUCUGCAAGAAGAGGGAUAAGAGGGUGGUGGACAUGGCUCUUAAGAAGAAGGCGGAGGAGGAGAAGAGAAAGGCAGAGGAGAAGGAGAGGAAGAAGGAGGAGGAGAAGAGGAAGAAGGAGCGAGCCAUGGCAUAUCAGGAGCCUGACUGGGCGAGGGCGGAGGAGGAAGAGGAGGGACUGUACGAUGAAGACGAAGAAGAGGAGAUGAGGGCCAAGAAGAAGGAGGAGCUGUACUGCGUGGCGUGCAAUAAGAAGUUCAAAUCGGACAAACAGUGGAAGAACCACGAGCAGUCGAAGAAGCAUAGGGAUAAGAUCGCUGAGCUGAGGAUGGCGUUUAAGGAGGAGGAGGAAUCUUUGAAAGAGGCAGAGGAGGGGGAAGGUGAUUGGAAUGAAGUUGAUGUGGGGUUUGAUUUUAAGCCUACACAGGAGUCAGAUGAUGAGAGUGCAUUUUCAGAUGCUGCAGAAGAGUUAGCUGAAGAAUUUGAGGAAGGUUUGGAGGUGCAUGAUAAAGAGGAUGGUGAUAAGGAUUUUGAUAGUGCAGAGCAGGAGGUUGGGUCAUAUGACGAGGCAAGUGUAUUGGAGGCUAUGCUAUCAAGCCGCAAGAGCAGAAAGGGUGGUUAUGUGGCUCCUCCAGAGGAGGCUUUGUCAGGUGUUGCUGAGGAUGAUGACGAUCAUAGAAGUUCUGAAGCUAAUAAUGCAAAAAGGAAAGGACGCAGGCGACGGGCAACAAAGAAGGAACAAGAUGAAGGUAGUUAUGCUGAUAAUGAGCAUCAUGGUAAAAGUGAGGUUCAGCCUGAGGGAUCUGGCCAUGGUAAUGAUGUUGAUGAUAUGAUGGAAGGGCCAUCCUCUUCUAAGGAGGACAAUGGUUCAGUAAGCAAAGGAGAUAAGCAGAAUGGUGAAAACAUGAAUCCUAAAAAGAACAAAAAGAACAAGAAAGGCACAGAAAAGAAAACAACUGUUUCUACUGACCAGAAGGGUACAUCAAAGGCUGAACAGAAGAGCACAUCAAAGGGGAAGAAACAAAAGGAGGUCUCAAAGGCACCCAGUAAUGAUUGUGAAACUUGUGGUGGAACUUUUGAGUCAAGGAACAAGUUGUUUUCUCACUUGGAAGAAACAGGACACGCAAUGCUUAAGACGCGGCAGAAAAGUCGUCGAUGAGGGAAAUAAGUUGAACUUCCAAGCACUUUGUCACUUGUUGAUUCUGCUAGUUACCACAUAACAGCAUGAUUCUCUUAAUUUUUGGCCCAAUUUUGAUAUGUAGUGGAACAGAUUUUUUUCCUAGCUUCUGUAUGUGUAGUGUGGAGAUGAUGUUUUUGGUUACAAUGCCAUAUGGUACAGGGGGAGAAGACACUGAUAAUUACAAUAAUAACGUUAUUUGUGCGAUCUGUUAACCCUAA